UUGGACGCUCUCCUGGCGCAGAGGGUGCCGCGAACCGGCUGGGUGUACAGGAACGUGGCGAAUCCCGAGAGCGUGUCCGACCACAUGUACAGGAUGGCGAUGAUGGCUUUGGUGACCGAAGACAAAAGCCUCAACAAGGACAGAUGCAUACGAUUAGCUUUGGUGCAUGAUAUGGCUGAAUGCAUUGUUGGAGAUAUUGCUCCUGCAGAUAAUAUCUCCAAAGAGGAGAAACACAGGAGAGAAGAGGCAGCUAUGCAACAACUGACCCAGCUUCUGUCAGAGGACCUGAGAAAAGAAAUAUAUGAACUCUGGGAAGAAUAUGAAAACCAGUCUACUGCAGAAGCUAAGUUUGUAAAACAGUUGGAUCAGUGUGAGAUGAUACUGCAGGCAUUUGAGUAUGAAGACUUGGAAAACACACCUGGCAGGCUGCAGGAUUUUUACAAUUCAACUGCUGGGAAGUUUGUUCACCCAGAAAUACUCCAGCUUGUAUCUCUGAUUAACAUGGAAAGGAAUAAAAAAAUAUCUGCUACAUCUCAUCCACAUUCCUGAGGUGUUCCUAAAUGCUGUAGCUGUAAUAAAUACUUUGUUUUAUAUUCUGUGCAUUA